UUUGGUCUACAUCAUUGUGCCAUUGUGCAGACUUGCUAAUUUUAAGUCUCUGUUCAAGUAAUGAUAAGAAAUAGAAUGGCUCAAAAGCUCUUUUUUGUUACAGGAAACGAGAACAAGCUGAGGGAAGUUAUUCAGAUAUUAGGAAACAGUGUAAAGCUAGAACGAAUUGAUGUUGAUCUCCCCGAAUACCAGGGGGAACCAGACAACGUCUCCAUAGCCAAAUGUAAAGCCGCAGCAGAGUCCCUAAAGCAGCCAUGCCUAGUGGAGGACACGUGUCUGUGCUUUAACGCACUUGGUGGACUGCCUGGACCGUACAUCAAGUGGUUUCUCGCCCAAAUAGGACCGGAAGGCUUACACCGAAUGCUGCAGGGAUUCGACGACAAGUCGGCCGUCGCGCUGUGCACGUUCGCGUACAGCCCCGGCGACGCCGGCGCCCCCGUGACGCUGUUCCGCGGGCGGACACGCGGACUCAUCGUCGAGCCGCGCGGCGGGAGCGGCUUUGGCUGGGACUCGUGCUUCGAGCCGGAAGACGGACGCGCGCAGACGUACGCGGAGAUGAGCGCCGCGACGAAGAACUCGCUCUCCCAUCGCGCGAGGGCGCUGGAAGAACUGCGACGCUACUUCGUCGACGGCACGCCGCCGCCGCCGUCGUCGUCGUGACGACCGGACCGUCGUUUUCGGAUUGCCGAUCGCGAUGAGACGUUUUGCCUGCACAGCUUUCGUGUUAUGCCCAGGUGUGUGUGUGUGCGUGUGCGUGUGCGUGUGUGUGUGUCCAUGCGCGUGCGUGCGUGUGAGCACGAUAUAGAUCUACUUUAACACUGGACAGUCCUUUCAUGCAUGAAUAGUGUCCAGAAAGUUUCGCAAUUUAAAUUGUAUAUUGGUGUAUAUUGGUGUAUAUUGGUCAUAUAAAAAUACAUAAAUAACACAUGCAAACGACGA